UUUCCCAUAAGAUUCGUUAUAAAAUAAAAAACCCAUCUUCAUUUCAAGUUAGAUAGUGUAUAGCCAUGAGAAAGUACACAUUUGUUAUUUUUGCAAUCUUAUUGGGUCUCGUUGUCGCUGACGUGGAUUUGAUUGAAAAUGAAGAAACUGGGGAAGAAGAAGGAGAUGUUUUAAGUAUUCAAUCAAAAAAUAUUAGAUAUCAAAUGAGCCCUCCGGGUCCACCUGGUCCGCCAGGACCUGAUGGACCACCUGGUAGUCAAGGUAUGAAAGGACCAACUGGUGAUCAAGGACCUGCCGGACCAGCUGGACCUCAAGGUGCGCAGGGUAAAGACGGACCUCAAGGCGCAACUGGACCUCAAGGAGUACAAGGGGCUCGAGGACCUCGUGGUCCAAUGGGAUUCCAGGGACCUCCAGGAGAUAUGGGUCCACAAGGAGCAGAUGGAGCUCCGGGAGCAGAUGGACCAAGAGGAACACCAGCAACUACUACAACAACAACAACUACAACAACAACCACUGCAGCAACAACAACAACCUUAGCAUCUGCAUCAGCAGGAUAAAAA